AUGGAGAGAAAGCUGGCGAUGUUGCGCCGCUUAGUGGCGCAACCCAUCAACGGCCAGGACACUUGUCCAUCCCAGGUGGGCGAGGGCUUGUUCGUUGGAAACAAACGUCACGCGACGGACGUGCGCACGCUGGUCAGCCUGGGGGUCACUGGUGCCAUGAACUGUGCUCCGACGGGCAUCAGCUCCUUGAACCUGGAUGUCUACACUCACCAUGGCAUCGCGUACGGCUACACGAAUGUCAGCCAGGACGAUUACAGCUAUCCGAUCCUACAUGAUCGCGAGGGUCAUCGAUCCGAACACCUGGAGACUGCCAAGUCGUUCUACGACCGAGUGCGGCAAACAGGUGGUAAUGUGCUCUUCUUCUGCGUAGCGGGCCAGAACCGCUCAGCCACACUGGCGGUGGCAGUGCAGAUUCUGCAGGGAAAGAAGUUGGAGGAGAUCCUGACCGUUUGUUCGAAGUGUCGGCCCUUCAUCCUCGAGAACGUCGGGUUCCAGCGGCAGCUUGUGGAGCUGGAAAUCAUCGAGGAGCGGUUGAGGGGUCGAGAGCCCUCCCCGCAGCUGCGGCCGCUGCCUGAUCCGCCCAAGGGGAAGAGGCUGAAGGUGGAGACGUUCCCAGACUCGUCCCACGUGGAGGUAGAGCUCCUGGUUUCUGGCGUCUGUACGAUGGCGGCGGUCAUCCCCGUCGAGGCGACGAUCGACGCUGUUCGGCACAUCCUCAACGAUCGCGUGAACUCCUACCUGACCUGCGAGAAGCAAUGCAUCAUCGGGAAAAGUUGGAUGAUGUUCACCAUGUUCGGCUUGCCUCCGGAGUUCGACCUCGUUCUCGAGGAAGCAGCCGUGGAGGUCGGUGUUCAGAUCGCGCGUUUGCAAUCGACCUUCGGCUUGGAGAUCGUGAAAGCCGGCGGUGACUCCCUCGGCGCGUCGACGAUCAUCUGCUGGAACUCUCGAUGUCGUUUCGAACUGGCGAUCUUCUCCGUGUUGAAGGGAGACAAGGAAGCGCACGAGCCUUUCACCUUCCGCCACGAGGAGCGGCCCGGGGCUCCCGGGACGCUGCUGGCGGAGAACUUCCUGGACACGAAUCUCCGAGCAUGGGACUUCACCUCCGGCGAGGCCUUCCGGUCGACGCAUCCGAUCAUCUUCAGCUAUUCCGAUGACCCCCGCAGCAAGCGAGAUUUCAUGAACAUCUCGACCAGCAAGAUGGAAAGGCAGCAGUUCGAUCAUCCCGGAGAGGGCGGCAUCCUGGGCAUGGGGGCCAAUGCCAUCGUGCAUCGGGUGGAGCUUGAGGCGGUGGAGAAGGACCCGGAGCCUGUCCGAAGGGGCUUGAGACUGCGGCGCCUGAGCUCGGACCACUCCUUCGAACGGCGUUGGGACGCCGCCGUGAAGCGACCCUUCAGCCUCUGGAAGAUGCUGGCCUCCAUGGAGCACAAGUCGGAAGCCGGCGUGGCGAAGAGGUUGCGCAUGGCUGGCGCGCUGAACAAGCAGGGCCGGCUCCUCUACUUCUACGGCCUGGGAAUCGCCCUCGCCUCCAACAACAACAACCACGACGAAUACAAGUUCGAGGUAACCCUGCUGUCGCAGUACCAGGAGGACUUCUCCGCCUACACGCUGAAGAUGUUUAUGGAGGACUACACCAAGGUUCUGGCCUCGGGCGACCUCUCGCCAGAGGAGCACUGGCGCAUCAAAGACAUGCAGUCCAAGUUCUCUCUCAUCAAGGUGAAAGUCUUGCUGGUGAGCCUCCUGAAUGGCUUCAGAGAUCUGACCUUGAUGGGGGUGCAGGCCUUCGAUUUCAACCACAUGAACAACGUCCUCGUCUCGAGGGACUGCCGCAAGGCCCGGCUCAUCGACAUCGACGGCGACAGCAAGGGCUCCAUCCAGUUCCCCUCCGAGUACAUCCAAGGGUCACAGACACGAGAUGAGCCCGAGGACCUGCACAAGCCAGCCUUGGACGUCGACCUUUCCACGAUGCUGCCGCUUGUGAUUCAGCACCUCAUUUGUGGCAAAGGCCGUGGCACCACCUUCGUGACCAAUCUCAUCAGCAAAGUGAGGCGGGCGAAGACCGAAGAGGACGCCAAGGAACUCAUCCGACAGAUUGUCCAGGAGGACUUCUUCCCGAAGCUGCCUGCAUGCCCGGCUGAAAGGGAAGCUCGGAGAUCGGGUGUAAGGCUUUGA